GAAACGCCCCUGCACGUUCCUAUGGUGUCCACUUUGGUCAUGCGAGUAGGCCAUUCAGCCCCUCAAGUCUUGUCUACCAUUCACUGAGAUCAUGUUUGACUUGUGGCCUAACUGCAUUUUACUGCCCAUGGCCCUGAAUAUCUGUGCUCAGCAAAAGUGUAUCUAUCCUAGAUUUAGAAUUAAAAAUGCAUGCAGCAUCCACUGCCAUUUGUGGGAAGAGAGUUCCAAAAUGUCAAUCAGCCUUUGUGCUUCCUAACUUCUCUUCUGAAUGGUCUGGCCCUAAUUCUAAUUCUAUGGCCCCUAGUCCUAGAAUCCCCAACCAGUGGAAAUUGUGUGUCCUGUCUUUUCCUGUCAAUAUCUUGAAUAUUUUGACAGGAUCAUCCCUUUACCUUCUAAAUUUGUGUAAUGUUUCCUCUUAAGUUAACUCAUGAAGUCCAGGUAUCAUUCUUGUACACCUACUCACUCCAAGGUCAAUAUACCCUUUCUAAAUGAGGGUGGUCAACUGGAUCUGGAAAUGUGGCAGAGGCAGACUUAAUUGAGACACUCAAAAGGACAUCAGCUUCCAGCAUUCCAGCCUACAUUCCUCAAUGAGAAUUCUUCAAAGUUGAUGAGCCUAUCUGCUACAUCGCUUUAAUCACAGAAACCACAGACCCUCUGGAGGAGUGACUUGGGUAAACACAACCGUUAGCGUUCCUUUCCCUCCCACUGUCUGAGACAAGUCUGUAAAUUUCACCGUCUGAAAGAACAUUGGCGGCAAAUGUUUACCCAGAUGUUUGAUGGUAAGGAAAAGUGAUCGCAGCAAGGAGAGACUAUUCCAAGCUGUUCUGAAGCCCGGAAGGAGAAAGAAAAUGUUUGCAAUCAGUAAAAUUAAAUUGGCACGGUUUGCCUGUCAUCUAUUUCCAUUUUUGCUGCUUGGAUUAACACAAGAUGUGAAAGCAGAUUUCAUGGACAAACUGGCAAAGAGGAAAGUCUGUGCUGACAAGGAUUGUAUUUAUGCGAUCUCAACUGGCCGUGUAGUUGAUGACUACAUUGCACCCGACUGCAGGUUUCUCAACCUGAAGGAGGGACAGCUGAUCUACAUCUAUUCCAAGCUGGUUCGGGAACGUAAAGGAGGCGAAUUCUGGUCAGGAAGUAUUUACAGCGAGGAGCCUGUCGAUGAGAUGGGUGUUGUCGGUUAUUUCCCCAGCACUAUAAUCGAUGAGCAGUAUGUGUUCCAGAACACAACAGUGCGACUUCCCACCACCGCUAUUGACUUCUACUGUGACUGAUGUUAACGACCAGCUCAAUAAACAGUGUCAUCAAAGAAAAAUGUGGAGCUAAUUACGACGUCAAUGAGAAGAUCAUUUGUGUUCCCUGUUGCCGGGAGCUUUAAUGGAAGUUCUGUCCCAUUCCAUGUACUGCAAGUGGAAAUCUGAUCUAAGUCACCUGUUUUGUACCUUUCUGUUGUUAGAUUUGUUUGGAAAGUCCAUUUAUUUUUCAUUGAUGGGAGAUAGCUGGCUAUAAAACUUUAAUUGCUCUAUUUAAUAUGAAUUCUACUGUUUAGGAGCAACUGAUUGAUUAAUUCUCCAAGGACACUCACCACAGAAUUGCUGUAUCGCUAAAAGAGGCCAUUCGAGCCAUUGUGCCUGUACUAACACUAUUAACCAGUCACUGGAUUAUCUAGUAACAAUCUCCUGCCUUUUCCCCAUAUCCUUGCACCACACUUCUAUCUAAAUAACCAUCCAAUGUCCCUCUUGAAUGCCUAAAUUGAACCUGCCUCCACCACAUUUCCAGGCAGUGUAGUCCACACCCUAACCACUCGCUGGGUGAAAAUGCCUUUUCUCACUUCAUUUUUGCUUCAUCGCUUCAAAUCACUUUUAUGUCCUGCUCAUUCUUGUUUCUUUUAUGAUUGGGGAACAGCUUCUCCCUGUCUGCUCUAUCUAAUCCAUUCAUGAGUUUGAAAACCUCUGCCAAUUCUCCUCCCAGUCUUCUCCUGUCCAAGGAGAACAGUCCCAAAUUCUUCAGUCUACCCUCACUGCUGAAGUUCCUCAUCCCAGGAACCAUUCUUGUGAAUCACUUCUGCUCCCUCUCUCCAAUGUAUUUACUUCUUUCUGAUAAUGUCAAGCCCACAACUGUACACUGUACUCCAGCUGAGGUCUAACAAAUGUCUUGUACAAGUUCAACAUCACUCCUUGCUCUUGUACCCUAUGCCCCUGUUAAUAAAGCUGAGAGCACUCUAUACUUUAUUAACCGCUCUCUCAAGCGCUGUCCCUCCACCUUCAAUGUUUAGAUGUUAUGUUCAGCUUCAGUGUGUAUAUGAACCAUGGGUUAUCCAUAGUGUACCAGUAACCAUACACUCUACAGCUCUUGAAAGAUACAUACAAGCAAUAUUAAAGCAUUUUAAUUUGAUUCA